CGUUGCUCUCGUUUUCAUCUUCCUUUUUUAUAAAAAAAAAAAGGGAACUACAACAUGAAUAACAUUUACUCAACGAUGAAUCUUAACUUUAUUUGAAACUUAAAGUUGUCAGAUAGAAAUGCUACGUGAUAGAGGUGAACAUAUGUGCGCCAUCACCAAUAGUUGGCGCUUUGCCAGAAAGAUGAAGAGGUAAAACUGUAAGCAUAUGAAAAUAUUCCGAAGUCUUUAAGUGAGCCUCAGAUUUUCAGGCUGGAAAGGAACUAUUUUAAUUCUCCCAAAUCAUGAUCCGGAACCUUUUCAUGGUGCAAAAUUUAAACAUCAACAAUCAAAGGAGCCACCUUCAACCCUGAACCCAUUAAGAUGAGAAGUAAAUAAAAGUUUUUUAUGUUCCUGAAAAGAACUCUCUUCAAUUAUUCCUUUCCUACACACAGCAUUUGACCAGUUCCUGAACCUGGAGAUCCUUCUGGAAGGAAGGAUGAGUAAGAAGGAGGAGCUAGAAGAUGAAUUACCGUCUGUGUCUUUUCUUUCAUUAUUUAGGUAUUCCUCUGCCUGUGAUAAACUGUUGUUAUUUAUUGGCGCUAUUGCAGCCAUCAUUUCUGGUUGUACAAUGCCAGGAAUGACAAUAGUUUUGGGAAGUGUUAUCCAAGAAAUGAUUGAUUACGAUAAGUCUAUUAAUAACAUUUCAAAUAAAAAUGUAACAAGAGAGGAUUUUUUAGAAAGUGCUACAAUGCUGUGCAUCUAUUUUGCAGCCAUUGGUGGUGUAAUGUUAAUUUGCAGUUACAUAUUUGUUUGUUCUUUUAACACAGCAGCAACUAAUCAAGCAUUUAGAAUCCGUUGCUUAUUUAUGUCCUCGAUUCUGAAACAAGACAUUGAGUGGUACGACACUCAUGAAACUGGUGAUUUUGCAAGUCGUAUAACUGGGUAAGAUAGAUAAAAUGUUGUUCUUCUUAAUUAGAUAUAAGAGAAUAUUUCAUGGUGUGUAACGGAAAUUUCGUCAAAUAAUCUACUCUUUUAAGGAGAAUUUACCUAAAUUAGCAGGGAAAUUUUCUCACUUAGAUGAUAGGCAACGGAAAAAAGUGCGAUAGAAACUUUUUCUCCGGUCAAACCAGAUUUCACUACAUGAUUUUUACGCAAAUAGACUUACUUAUACAAAAUAAUCACCACCCCCCACAAAAAAAAAUUUCCUUGCCAGCAGUUCCGGCUAUGGUUUAAAAGUUGCUAUAUUUUAAAAGUGACUUUAUCUCAACUGCAACUGUUCUAGUUAGGGCUAAAGAGAAUAGCGCAAUAAAAAUGUAUCUAUUGUGACAGUUUAAAAUUAGGAUACUUUUUAAUAUGUUAUUUUAAAAAAAAAUAAAAAUCACCAAUUUAAGUCGAUGGUUGAGUAUUUAUAGCUACUAUUUGAAAAUUGUGUAAAAUGAAUAACUAUUU